GCGUCAGUCAAGCGCCUCAGGCGCAGCAGGUGCGCUUGCACCCUUACUUCCGGAAACUCAUAUUCUCGAACAACCUCACAAUGGGAAAUAAAGCUUCUCAUUUCUCCAAGACCGUAGAUACGCUGCCUGGUUUAACGUUGGACGAGAAGGCGAAGGCUCGGGUGUUAUACGGCACUCGGCCAGGCUUUGCGGAGCAUGCUGAUGUGUUUAUUUCAGGCAAUCGCGAGGUAGCCGCAAGAUCAAUCAAGUUGUUGGUUGCAGGCAGUUGCUGUGCUCGUAACUCGCGAAUUCUAAGCCGCCAGCUGCAUUUUGGAGCACCAGCAUGUUAGUUUGUUCUGUGGUGCCAUGCUAGCACCUCCCUCAUGUGCAGAGGCGGCAGCAGUGCCUUCCGCAGAGGCCGACGCGGCACGCCAGGCGCGCGAGGCGGCCCGUUCCACGACACGCGGUCAGGACCUGCCGACGCGGCUGCGGAAGUCCAAGUCGUUUUCAAGUGUGAACUCCUCCGAUGUGAACACUCUGAUAAGCAGCGUCAAUUUGACUCGUGUCCGCGGCGAGGCGCUGGCGCCAGAGGACCUGCAGCUGCCCCCGGACACACCCGAAUGCAGCAGCCUUGUCUGACAAUCCGCAGCCGCCACCGCAACACCAGCAGCCGCACCAACACGUAAGCUUAAGCAGCAGGCGCUAGCGUAGGGUCUGAAGGUUCCUAUCCACUGCCGAUCCAGCUGCAGCAGCUGCAGGCCCAGCAUACCGCGCGGUUUCCGCGGUUGCUGUACCGGCCGGAGCUGUUCGAGGCUGAGGCGCUGGCCAACGUCCACAGCUGCCUGUUGGCGGGGUAGUAGUACGAGACCACGGCGCACACCCUGGCCUGCGCGCUGCUGCAGCUGGGGCAGCGGCAGCAGUUGCAGGAUGCGAUGCAAGUAAGACGGUGUGGCGCGUAUUGCCAACGACCGGCGCACAUGCCGGCGCCUCAACCGCACCGCCUGCAGCUUUCGCAUCACUUGCAGCACCUGGUGGAGGUGGCGACGGAAGCGUUGGCGCGGGGGGUGCUGUCGGGGCUUCAGCGGCCAGCGGUCUGGCGCUGCUGGGCGCGAUGGUCUAGGAGACGUACGCUGCGCGUGUGCCCGCCCGUGGUGGUGUCGGACCCCCGUGGCAUCACCGUGCGCCGGCUGCCACCGGUGUGGCAGUGGGGGGCCGCUGCCGGCGGCGGCUGCUGCUGGCUGGCGGCUGCUGCUGCUGGCAGCGGCUACUGUGGCGGCGGCUGCGGCGGCUACUGCUGGCGGUGGCGGCUGCUGCUGGCGGUGGCGGCUGCUGCUGGCGGCGGCUGCGGCGGCGGCGGCGGCUGCUGCUGGCGGCGGCUGCAGCGGCUACUGCUGGCGGCGGCUGCAGCGGCUACUGCUGGCGGCGGCUGCAGCGGCUGCUGCUGGCGGCGGCGGGCGUGUAUGGGGGCAGGCAGUUGUACAACGAGGAUACACGUGUGAUGCUGGCUGGGUGAGCGGCGCGCUGUUCCGGUCGCCGCUGUGCACGUGGUGUGGUGUGCAUGUCGCUCGUGGCGGCGGGCGGCGUGGCUAGAUGAUAGGGCGAUGCCAUGCGUUGAUGGCUAAGUGUAGGCAGGCGCCGGCUGCAUGAGGACUUCUUGUGUGUGGGCGGAAGUGUGGGCGUUCUACGACACACAAGCAUAAAACCCUGCGGACGGCGCCCUGGGGCAUCUAGAUGUGUCUUUAUCUGACGAUCCUACUACAUGGGCGCCUGUGCCGUGAUGCACGCAGCUGCGCACGCUCUUCAAAGACGGGGCGAGCUGGCUUCUGGUGGCGGCGUGUUUCUGCGUACUCAUGCGAGCAUUCUUCAUGAAGGACCCCAUCAUGGCUGGGGUGUUGCUCCUGCCCAUCGUCAGGUUCACUGACGUCAUCUCAGAUAUCAUCUCAUUGAUGCUGAUUGCGCUGCGGUCCAAGCUGCGAGAUGAGUACGAGAUUCAGUGGGACACACGUAUCUGUUGGCCGUACCGCCGGCGGCGCACGCUGGCAAGGUCAAGCAAUCUGGGUCUGCAACGCGGGCGCCCGGACGCAGACGGUGUGCGGGUGCUGACGGGGUGGCAGAGCGUCGGGAGCUUGGGGACAUGCGAUGGUGCGUGUGUGGUGCACCAUGGGACAGGACAAGGGCACGGAACAAGGGGCAGGAAUGCAGGAUGGCGUAGUGUGGCGUAGUCCCUACCUAUCAUUGGCAGCGCAUUCCCAAACCCUACCUAGGAUUCAACAACCAAGGUGCGACGGCAAGGCGUGAGCGCGCGGCUGGUCGAACGCCGGAGUUACUGUGCCGAAGAGUCAUCGCUGGCAGGCUGGCAGUUUGCUGCUGACGCGCAUGCCUCACGCCUGGCUCGUGAACUGCGUCAGCAGGUCCCUCUUGUAACCAAUGCAAUCUCACGCCGGCUCCGGGCCUCCGGCAGGUGCCGGGCCACGCAAUGAUGUCGAACGAAGUUAGGGAGCUGGGACUGAAUGAUGGGGAGAGCCCGUAGAGGGCUGGGACUGAUCGUUGAUGUGGUUAGCGAACUGCAAGGAAGUUGAAACGGGACACAGACCACAUGCCCGCGGGGACCGUACGUUGGUCAUGAUGGCGGUUGUGCUGGAAGGAUGGAGGUGAGAACGUGACGACGUCCUGCACCAACGCGUGAGGAGGAAGGGUUUUGAGCGAGUUCGGAGUGUUUGCAGUUACUAAUACGGGGGUACUAUGGAUGCUGGUGGGGACUGAGCGGGCACAACGGCCCAGGUGGUGGAUGUCACCACAGAGUAUUGCGGGAUGCCUCGGUCAUUCCAGUCACUGCCAACCUAAGCGCAGGCGAAACAACUACGGUAAACAUCGCUGACCCGCCCUGACGUGUAAAGACAUCCAACU